GUGGACCAUCUCCCUCGCCCUGGGCUGCCUAACAACAUCGAGGACCUGCGUCACCAACGACGUCACACGGACAUUGAUGCUCAGCAUGAUCUCCGGGAUCUCCCGAUCAUCUCACGCUUCGCCACAUCGUGUUCCCAUACCUCGUGAUCCCCAUCGGCGGCAUCGGGACGCAGCGUAGUGAUUAAGUGCGGCUUGAGCGUAGGGUUGCUGGUCAGCCCGCCGUGGAGCUAGCCGAAAGCCAAAUGCUCCUCAUCGAGCCGACAAGCUAGCCAGCCACUUCAGCAUAGCCCCGAUCUUGCCUUCACUAACCCCGCAGUAAACCACUCGCCCCGACGUUAUCAUCGCUGCGUACACAGCCCGACCAUACAGCGUGGCUACUUGAGGAUUGAGGAUCCAAACAAGAGCACUGAGCGGCCCUCGACGAUUAUAAAAGGCACUUCCUCCCGCUCCCUCUCUGCCUCGACACACAGACAACGAUCAGCCACACAAUAAACAUGACCACCACGGCCAAGCAAGACGCCACAUACGCCCACUUAUCCCCCACCGCACCUCUCCAUACCAUCGGGAAGCGCCGACACGCCUCCCUCAUUAGCGAGGAGGAAGUUCACCUACAUCUGGAGCUCCUCAAGAAAUUCGCCGACCUCAAGCGACGCGUCGAGGCAGGAGAGUACGGUAAGGAGCCUCGAAAGGAGCAGAACGGCGACCACCUACCAGCUUACACUGCAGCGGCCAAGAGCGAGAAGAGCGAUCAAGGGCGAUCAUCUUCAGCAGGCCCCUCGCACGCAUGGGACGCCUUCCUCUACCGCGCGCUGUACCGCUUCGAGUGGUGGAUCGACUACAUGCUACCUCAGCUGUCAAGCACCUCGACGACGACUGCUGACUCGGCCGAGAAUGCCCCCUUGGAAGGUCUAUCGGCACUGUACGCUCGAAGCUUCCGACCUUGGUCCCUCUCUGCCCCGGACACUCACCAGUCUCACGUACGAGACUGCCCGAAAGAGUGCAUACCACCACUAGAUGUAGCUUUGAUCUGGCACGCCUACCUGCUCAAUCCCUCACGCUACGUCGAGGACGGCAUCCUUCGAGGGAACCACGCCAAACUCGUUCGUAUCAAGUUCCCGAUGCGCCAGCUCGUCGAAGCCGGAGGUGAUUCAGACAAAUCAACGCUCAAAGCUACCUCUUCAAUCACUCGGGACGCUGAGGUGAUGUGGGAGCGCAAGAACCCUCAUUCCCCCUAUGAUCCGCUGGCUCAUGAUCCCCUCGGAGAGACGGAAAAACUGCCAAUCGCAUGUAUCGGCUGUACAGCGAAUUGUGAGGUCAGCUGGAGAGACCUCGCUACCCCUGGAUGGAACAUCGAGUGCUGGAAUUGCCAGCAAAGCCUGGAUGCUCAGAGGCUCAUUGGUGGUUGGUUCUGCCGAGAUCUUGAUGACUGGUCGAAAGGUGGAGAUGAUCAGACGGGACCACGCCUCCGCGGCGGUGCUCUGUCGUCACGCGACGGUCGUGUCUUCUUCAAGGACCCGUACGGACCAAUGCUGCUUCGCCUCUUCUCUCACGCCCGCACCACCACGCCUCUCAACGAACGCUCUCGCGGCGGCGGGCCACUACGUAAUCCGAAUUACGACGUCUACGGUCCCAUCAAGCAGACAUCUCGUCCUUACCAGCUGGACGGGGCGGACUACUUCAGAGGGAUGCGCAUAGAUGACAUUGCUAGACACUUUACAACUCUCGUCCUGAGGCAGGUGACGGGCAAGAAGAGGCGCCGAGACGUUAAAGUCCGGGUUGCACAUCUGAUGCGCUUCUACAUCGACUCCAAUCCCAUCUCGAUGGGCGCGAGCGUCGACUUGGUGGCUGCAGUGCGCCGUCAAGAAAAGUUUCUGGCAGAGAUGAGCUCUCUUGGCUGGCUCGACUCCACCACGCGGGACGAAGAGGCGGUGUUUAAUGGCAUGCUGCACGGUAUGGGCUACUAUGGCGACUGCUUCAAGACCGUGGGACGCUUCAUCGAUCAUGAGGACAAGGUGGAAACAGGCCACCUGCAAAAGGCCUUUGAGAGGAGCGGAGAUCUCUGGUGGCAGGAGUGGGGUCAGCCUUACUCAAUGUGCGGAUGUGCGAGACAGCGAAGCGGGGCAAAGCGCAACGGCUCGCUGCUCAAGCGCCUGAUACGACGCUCGAUGCCUGCAUCAACCAAGGAGACGACCCUCAGCGACGAGAAGAAAAGCAUGUCAAACGACGCCGAGAAGACCCGGGCAGAUCAAGCCUCCUCCCACCCCGGCGUCAGCGUGAGCGCCUCUCCGGACAUGACGCCCUUCUUCUACGUUCCCCCGCCCAAUCACGACGAAGUCUGUGGCCGCGGGCUAGCGAAACGCAAUGACAAGCGUGGCGGAGCGGCUGACUGUCUACCGGGCAACAAGAUAGGCCAUCAAGUCGUGCCCCGCUAUGCAAAGGGGAAAGUGGUCGGGACAAGAGACGGCAUGGCCGCCAUGCCCGUGUUUCCCCAGGGCACGAAUCCGCCUCCUACGUUCUUCGUGUGGGGUGGCGUGAUGAAGAAGUGA